AUGAGUGAAUUUUCUCUUCUGCCAAAGUCUACCUCUCCCAUCGAUAUCGAUGAUGAUGAUGAUGAUGAUGCUAAUACCAACACUAGAAUGGCUAACAGCACAUCCAAGAACAAAUCUUCCUCCUCAAUCAACAGACCUUGGACUUUCCCUCCAAGAUUGAAACCUGGAAGAAAGGCAAAAAAUCCUGAUGUCAACGAUUUCACCCCAACCGAUGUAGAUAUGAAGGAAAGGAAGAGAGUACAAAAUAGAGAAGCUCAAAGAGCCUACAGGGAAAGACAAUCAAAAAGAAUCUUCGAACUAGAGACUAACGUCAACUUCCUCUACGAUACCUUGAACGAAUGGAAGGAUAAAUUCGAUUCUUUAAACGAAAAUUUCGAAUUGGUCAAAAAGGAAAAUAACUCUUUGAAAGAACAACUACGUUCAGCUGGAGUAGAACCAAUCACUUCUCCAACCGAAAUCAAAUACAAAGACCCUCUAUUAAACGUAAUCAUCGAUCAUUUUAAACCUUUAGAACCAGUGAAGUUAAAUAGAAAACUUUCAACUAAAAACACUCCAAUGUCAAUUGGAGGAAGUAUAGACGAUGGUGAAGAAGAAAAUAUCGAUAAAGAAAAUAUCAAUAAAGAAACUGAAACUGAAACUGAUACAAAUGAAGAAAAGUGUGUGUUUUCAGAUGUUAAAAACUUCCAAUGCGUUUGUAAGAGUUUAAAAGUACCCACCGGAAUUAAAAAUGAACAAACUCAUUCUAAUUAUGAAGAUAAAAAUACUAGAAGUAACGUUUUGACUCCAGAAGAUAAUCACAAUAAUGGAAUAGACUUUAACGAAAUUGAAAUCACUUCAGGGCGCUCUUGUUGUAAAGCCAAGAAGAGAAAGGCAAAAUUGGAAAACGAUACUCUUAAAUCUCCUAAUACUCAGCUAUCAGUGGCGCCUGGCGGCGAAGGUAAUAGCUGUUGUAAGAAAAGAAAAACUGAACCAAAAUCAGAUGAAUUAAAUGUUGCUAGUAAGAUAAUGACCCCUUCAGAUACUAAUUCAACUGUAACAAGUAGUACCGAAUAUCCAUCACCACUUACAAACAGUGCACACACAACACCAAUGUCAUUACCCUCUAUAAGUAAUAUUCAACUAUCAGGUGAAAGUUCGUUAAAAUCAACAGGGAAUGUCUUAAGGGAUCUCGACAGGCAUGCUUUAAAUUAA